AUGUUGGAGCUCGGCCCGAGAUGGCUGAGGCUGAUCUGCUUGUCCCUUCUGUGUAUGUGCCUCUGCCUGCCGAGGGAAUCCAACGCCAGGAGAGCCCCCAAGAUACCCCGCUGUCCUGCUACCUGCUCCUGCACCAAAGACAGUGCCUUCUGUGUGGAUACCAAGGCUAUCCCCAAGAGCUUCCCUCCUGGAAUCAUCUCUCUGACCAUGGUGAAUGCAGCCUUUACUACAAUCCCAGAGGGAGCUUUCUCGCACCUUCACCUGCUGCAGUUCCUGCUCUUGAACUCCAACACAUUCACCACGGUGGCUGAUGAUGCCUUUGCUGGUCUGUCUCACCUGCAGUACCUGUUCAUUGAGAAUAAUGACAUCCAGGCUCUCUCAAAGUUUACCUUUAGAGGACUCAAAUCCCUGACUCACCUAUCUCUCUCAAACAACAACCUGCAGCAGCUGCCUAGAGAUCUCUUCAAACAUCUAGACAUCCUCACAGAUUUAGACCUGCGGGGGAACUCUUUCCGCUGUGACUGUAAAAUCAAGUGGCUGGUAGACUGGAUGGAGAAGACCAACACUUCUGUUCCUGCCAUCUACUGCGCCAGCCCCUUUGAAUUCCAGGGACGCAGAAUCCACGAUCUCGUACCACGAGACUUCAGCUGCAUCAGCGCAGAUUUUGCUGUUUAUGAAACCUUCCCUUUCCACUCUGUGUCAGUGGAGUCCUAUGAGUUCAAUGGAGAUCAGUUCGUGGCCUUUGCUCAGCCUGACUCAGGGUUCUGCACCCUGUAUGUAUGGGAUCAUGUGGAGAUGGUCUUCAGGAGGUUUCACAACAUCACCUCUCGCUCUGCUGUGUACUGCAAACCAGUAGUGAUAAACAACACAAUUUACAUGGUCGUGGCUCAACUUUUUGGUGGAUCUCAUAUCUACAAGUGGGAAGAGGGCCCGCAGCGCUUUGUAAAGAUCCAAGACAUAGACACCACUCGAGUGAGGAAGCCCAACUUUGUGGAGACCUUCCAGAUGGAUGGAGAGUGGUACUUUGUAGUAGCAGACAGCUCCAAGGCAGGCUCCACCAGCAUUUAUCGCUGGAACAGCAAUGGUUUCUACUCCCACCAGUCGCUCCAUCCCUGGCAUCGGGACACCCAUGUGGAGUUCCUUGAUGUUGGGGGAAAACCUCACCUCAUCCUCUCCAGCGCCUCUCAACCGCCAGUAGUUUACCAGUGGAGCCGAAGCCAGAGGCAGUUUGCUUUCUACUACCAAAUCACAGAGCUGGCCGACGUGCAGAUGGUUAAGCACUUCUGGGUGAGGAAAGUUCUCUACCUUUGCCUAACACGCUUCAUUGGUGACUCCAAGAUCCUCCGCUGGGAAGGGCAGCGUUUCAUAGAGAUCCAGACUCUCCCGUCUCGGGGCUCAAUGGCAGUGUAUCCUUUCACAGUGGGCCUCCGCCAGUACCUCAUUCUUGGAAGUGAUUUCUCUUUCUCCAGAGUAUACCUGUGGGACGACCUCACUCAGCGCUUUCAGCCCUUCCAGGAGCUCAACAUGAGAGCCCCGCGGGCAUUCAGCUUGGUGUCCGUCGACAACAAGGACAUUCUGCUGGCUGCCAGCUUCAAGGGCAACACCCUGGCCUACCAGCAUCUGGUGGUGGAUCUCAGUGCCAAGUAG